AUGAGCCGCCACUUAAAAGCUUUGAUCGGUCCUAGCAUUCUUAAUGCAGACUUAUCAAUAUUGUAUGAAGAAUCACAAAAAUUACUAAAUAAUGGCGCUGAUUACUUACACUUAGAUGUAAUGGACGGUCAAUUUGUCCCCAAUCUAACAUUUGGUCACCCAGUAGUAAAAUGUUUGCGUGGAAAAAUUAAAGAUGCUUUCUUUGAAACCCAUAUGAUGGUAUCAAAUCCAGAACAGUGGAUUAUUCCCAUGGCUGAUGCUGGUGUAAAUCAAUAUACAUUUCAUAUAGAGCCAGUAAACAAUGUAGAAAAUGUGUGCAGAAAAAUAAAAGAAAAUGGAAUGAAGGUAGGUUUGGCAAUUAAACCAGGAACACCAGUAGCAGAGGUAGAGAAAUAUAUAUCUAUAUCAGAUAUGGUAUUGAUAAUGACUGUAGAGCCUGGAUUUGGUGGACAAAAAUUCAUGGAAGAUCAAAUGAAAAAAGUUACAUAUUUAAGAGAACACUAUCCCUUACUAGAUAUUGAGGUUGAUGGUGGAGUGGGACCUUCAACUAUAAAUUGUUGUGCUAAUGCUGGAGCUAAUAUGAUAGUAUCUGGAACUGCUAUAAUUGGAGCACAAGAUCAAGCUGCUACAAUAAAAUUACUGCGAGAUACAGUGCAACAAGCCAUUGAUAAA